GUCCUAUUUUCAGGCAACAUAAAGAGAGUCGGUACGAAGAAGAUGAAGUCUUCAGGGGGCAGUAGGAACCUGCAGGCCUCUCCGGACGAGAUCAAACAGAGGAAAGUCCUGGACCUCAGGAGAUGGUACUGUAUCAGCCGCCCCCAGUACAAGACGUCAUGUGGGAUAUCUUCAUUAGUUUCCUGCUGGAACUUUCUGUACAGCACACUAGGAGCAGGGAGUCUCCCACCCAUCUCCCAGGAGGGGGCUCUUCAGAUCCUAGGCUUCCAGCCUCCUUUUGAGGAGAUUAAGUUUGGUCCCUUUACAGGCAACACUACUCUGAUGAGAUGGUUCAGGCAAAUCAAUGACAAUUUCCAUGUCCGAGGAUGUUCCUAUAUUCUGUACAAACCCCACGGGAAACACAAGACAGCGGGGGAGACUGCUGAGGGGGCGUUGUUGAAGUUGACCCUGGGGUUAAGAGAUGACACCAUGGCCUAUAUUUACCACUGUCAGAACCACUACUUCUGUCCUGUGGGCUUCGAGGCCACACCUUUCAAAGCAGCCAAGGCCUACAGGGGUACAUUACCAACUAAUGAAAUGGAACACUGGAUCCUGAUUGGUGAACCAAGCAGGAAACACCCUGCUAUUCACUGUAAAAAGUGGGCUGAUAUUGUUACAGAUCUGAACACACAAAAUCCAGAAUACCUUGAUAUUCGUCACACGGAGAGGGGAAUUCAGUGCCGCAAAACCAAAAAGGUUUUCAUUUUCGUUUCAGUUUAUAGUUAUGUUAGUUGUUAGGGUACCAGUUAUGCUAACAAUGGGAUGAGGAUGUGUUAGAGCCCAGAACUGGCAUGAUUUUUAAGCCCUAUCCAUGCCCGCGACAUUCAGACCCUUGCCCAGGCCUGAUUGCUUUUGCCAAAUUUAAGGCCCUGCCCGAAACCAGAAAUCAGAAAUAACUUCCUCUGUAAGUAAAUCCAUUAGCUACUCCUCUGUCUGUCACUGGCUUCCUGCGCUGCUCGCUCUGCAUGCACUCUGCUCACGGUGGCUCUGAGUCUGUGAGUGACCAUAGCAACGGCUACGCUUGGGCUGCUCUGCUCAGUGACGAAACACGAGACAAGCUGUUAGUUACCUUUUCAUCCCUCUCAGACAAACUCGAGGAGUAAUAUUAUCAUCUGUGAAACAACAUCUCC